AUGGAAUCGGCGCCGCCGCUGUUCCCCUCCGUUCCGCUAACUCCGUCGAAAAGGGCUUUCGUCGGCGGCUGUAGUUCGGCGACCCAAAAGAAGCAGGAAGAAGUAGUAGUAGUAUCUUUGCCUGAAAUCAUAGAUAUUGUUGAUGACUCGGAUGAAGAAGAUUCUACUUCUACAGAUAAGAGUUUUUUCAAAAGAUUUGAUGUGGUUGAAAAUUUUCCCGAUCACCAUUACUCCAAGAAUACUUCUUCCUGGACAAAACAACCUCCAAAGCAGUGGGCAAAGAAGAUUCACGAGGAAUGGAAGCUUCUGGAGAAUCAUUUACCCGAUACGAUCUUCGUUCGGGUUUGCGAAUCCAGGAUGGAUAUUUUGAGGGCGGUCAUAAUUGGAGCUGAAGGGACUCCAUACCAUGAUGGCCUCUUCUUCUUCGAUGUUUUCUUCCCAAACAAUUAUCCUUCGGUUCCCAUUAGGAAUCCACCUAAGCAUUUCGAAGAGCUGGUGGCCGGGCAUUUUUCCCGGCGUGCUCGGGAUAUCUUGAUGGCUUGUAAGUCUUAUGUUAAUGGUACUCAGGUGGGUUGCGUUGUGAAGGGUGUUCAAGAUCUUGAACAGGGUCAUAAAAUUUGCUCCGCGGGUUUUAGAGAACAGUUGGCACAGUACGUUCCAACACUUGUGGGAGCUUUUCGAGCCGUCAAUGUUAAUGAUUGUGAUGAGUUUCUUUCUUUAACCCCGGCGAAGGAAAGCCCAGGGAAGAGGAAGGCAGCUGUGAAGAAGGAGAAGUCAGCGAGGAAGAAGAACAAAGUGUAG